AUGACACGUUUGUUGCUGCGUGAAUGUACUACUGAUGCGGCAAGGGAGAAGAGAAAAAAGAAAGCAGAGAAUUAUGAUAAAGAAGAAGAAAUUGAGGUACCUUUGGAAGAGGAGGAAUCAACAAAAAGAGUGAAGACUGAACACUCUGAGGCAAACACCGAGGCAGCUGAAAGAGUUGUAGAUUUACUAUCUGGCAUUCCUAUUGUUGCAACUGAUCAAUCCAAUAAACCUGGUGUUAUUUUCAUCAUUGAAAGAAUUUCUCCUGAAAUUGCUAAAAUUGAAAAGACGUAUCAACUUCUGAAUUCUGAUGAACACUCCAACAUUCUGAAUAAGAAUGGUCGGUACCCUUCUGAUUAUCGGCCUGAUAUUGGGCAUCAGCAAGAAGUUGAUGGUUCAAACUUCUGUCAACUUUUUGUGGAGAUGGGUGGUGGAAUGUUCUGGUCAGGUAUUGAGUCCGCUAGUGAAAGUAUGUCGAAUACAAACAUGGAAAGGGAUAUCUGGUAG